AUGCGACCGAAUCUGAUGGAAGCCGAGCAAAAUAAGCUGGGCAUCACGAAAGGGAUUCUGUUGAAACCGAUGACAGAAUUCGUGCGUAAUUUAUUCGGACCUGUUCCAAGUACAACUCGACCAGUUCUAUUCAGUGGUGUGCUCAGAUUUCCCUUACCACGACCUAUAAGUUUUGGGCUGAUUGAUGGCGCUAGAGAGGCUUCUACAAUUAUACUUAGUGCUGUCGCAAAUGUGAGCACACCACUGGAUAGAACUCGUCGAGUUGUACUUGGAACAGGUCUCUAG